UUUCCUGGAUUGUGGAAAUUCGAAAUACGAACAAAAGAGAACGUACAUUUGAUUUUAAUUUCAUUUUUUUUUUUUGGAACUCGACCACCCUUUUCAAAGUCCAAAGUGUAGCAGCCAGCACAGAUAAAAUUCUUUAAAGUGAAGACGAUGGAGGAUCUGGUACAGAAAACGUUGGAAGCACAUUGGCGGAUCAAGCAAUAUGUUUACAAAACACCCCUGAUGUUUUCAAACCCACUCAGCAAAUUAGCUAGUGAUUGCAAAGUAAAAAUUAAACUUGAAAACGAACAGUUAACGGGGUCAUUCAAAGUACGUGGUGCUUUCAACAAGUUGUUGAAGAUGUCGUCUGAUGGUGACGUAAUAAAGGAAAGGGGAAUAAUCACAGCAUCCUCUGGAAAUCAUGGAAUGGCCUGUGUUGAGGCGGGGAUGAAAUUGGGGAUUCCAGUGACCGUAUACUGCUAUAAGGAUGUUAGUGAACACAAGAAGACCGCUUUACUAGACAGAGGAGUGCGUGUCGUGCUGCACGGGAAUGAUUGUGUGGAAGCCGAAAACGAGGCUAGAUCUAGCGCAAAAAGGCAAGAUACAGAAUAUGUCUCUCCAUACAAUGACCUUGACAUCGUUGCAGGGCAAGGAACUAUUGGAAUAGAGAUUCUGGAGGACUUCCCUGAUGUGGACAGCGUUUUGGUCCCAGUCGGGGGAGGGGGAUUGAUAGGUGGAAUAGCCAGGUACAUCAAGCAGGUCAAGCCAUCUGUGGAGAUCAUCGGUUGCCAGCCACAGAACUCCAAGGUUAUGUACGAGAGUGUGAAAGCAGGGAGGAUCGUGUUCGAGGAAUCAAUGGACACUCUGUCUGAGGGCACGGCAGGGGGAGUGGAAGAAAACUCGAUAACAUUCCCACUGUGUGCUCAAUAUGUUGAUGAUUGGAUAAUGGUCACGGAGGAGGAAAUUGGGAAAGCCAUUGUGUACAUGUUACAGAAUCAUCAAAAGGUGAUUGAGGGGGCAGCUGGUAUGACUCUGGGUGCUUUUAUGAAGAAUCCUGGAAGAUUUUCGGGGAAACGUGUUGUUGUAGUUGCAUGUGGUGCAAACAUUGGAAUACAUACUCUGAAACAAGUGAUGUCUAUGUAUACAUAGAAAAAAAAAUAAACAAUGAGUUCAGUUGGUUUAUAUAUAAAUUUCUUCAAACAUGUACGGUAUUUAUAAAGAUAGGCAUAUGCCAAUGCAACUGAACCUCAACAAUGGGCUAAUUGAAAUGCAUGGAAAAUUGCACCACAAAGAGUAGCCAGUCAGUUAGAGAAAUAGA